AUGGGCUCAGAGAAAUCCGAAAAGACAGGCAUCUCGCCUGCCGGAGCCGAUGACCAGAUAGAGAGGACAAAGACUGAAGAUGGAAUGGACGAGAAAGUCACAGUAGAAGACCGUGAUUAUGCUGGUGCCGUCACCAAAUUAUCGCCUGAGGAGGUCAGGCUGGUUCGAAAGCUGGACUGGCGCAUUAUGCCGACCUUGACUUUCAUGUACUUCCUCAACUACAUUGAUCGAAACACGCUUGCCCAGGCCCGUCUGAACAAUCUGGAGGAAGAACUCGGCAUGCACGGCACCCAGUUCAACACUACGAUUUCCAUUUUGUUUGUUGGAUACGUCCUCACGCAAGUCCCGAGUAACAUGCUUAUCACCAGAGUGCCCCCGAGUUUAUAUAUGAGUGCAUGGAUGUUAGUGUGGUCAGCGGUUUCGGCUUGCACGGCUUUGGUUCAGUCAUACCCUGGGAUGGUGGUAUGCCGGUUCCUUCUUGGGAUCACGGAAGCUCCUUUCUAUCCCGGAGCGACAUAUAUCUUAUCCAUCUUCUAUACCCGAAGAGAAGUUGCCGCUCGAAUCGCCAUGUUAUAUGCAGCCCAGAUUCUGGCAACUGGGUUCGCUGGGUUGAUUGCUGCAGGUGUCUUCUCUGGUCUCGACCAAGUAAGGGGAUUGUCAGGAUGGCGAUGGCUUUUUAUCAUCGAAGGUUCCGUCUCGGCUGCCGUCGCUAUUGCUGGCUUCUGGCUUCUCCCGAACACGCCUUUGACUACUCGAUGGCUCAAACCUGUCGAGCGAGAACUUGCCCAUGAGAGAAUCCAGAGAGAUAAGAUGGGAGAGCCGGAGAAAGCAUCGACCAUGCAAGGCCUCAAGCAGGCAGCCAGAGACCCAAGAACGUGGAUCUUCUGUUUGAUGCAGAAUUUUCAUCUCUCUGCCUGUGGAUUUAAUAGUUUCUUCCCGACUGUGGUCAAGACUCUUGGCUUCAAUACAACAAUCACUUUGGUAUUGACAUGCCCACCCUUCCUUUUCGCCGGAGCAGCGGGUGUUCUCUUUGGAUACACAUCUGGACGCUUCCACGAGCGUACCUGGCAUAUCACCGUGGGCCUUGCAACGGCCAUCGUCGGGUUCGUGAUAGCUGCCUCAACUCUGAACACCGCGGGACGCUACGUCGCAUGCUUCAUCUUCCCCAUCGGUGCCUAUUCAGUCAACUCGGUCAUCAUUGGUUGGGCUUCAUCAACCCUAUCUCAAACCCGCGAGAAACAAGCUGUUGUCCUUGCCAUGACAAACGUUGGGGGCCAGAUAGGGUACAUAUACGGAGCGUAUGUCUGGCCCAACUACGACUCGCCCAGGUACGGCAUCGGCUUUGGCACCUCUGCUGGCUUUGCCCUCUUCUCGAUCCUCUGUGCCUGGUGGAUGAGAUAUCUCCUGAAAAAGGAGAACAAACGGCUGCAGGGGACUGGUACAUCCACCAACCUGUAUGGGUACUAA